UGUUGCUGGCGCCGAACCGCUCCGAUAUCUGGCUGGCUCUGGAGAACAUCACCAGCCGAGCCAUCCUGCUGGCCCAGGACUAUGGAGUCCUGUGAGAAGAUCAUGCAGCGGCUGAUGUUCUCCAAAGGCAGGAGCUGUGACGGCCAUCAUGAAGUGGACGGGAAGCUGCCGACGGCCAUGCAGACUGAGCUGCAUCUCCGGGAUGAAAAGAAGUCGGAAAAAAGCGCUGCAUCCUCUCCGAAGCCACUGCUCGCAGCUCCUCCUCCUCCUCCACCCCCUCCACCUCCACCUCUACCCCCUGGUUUGAUGGGGCUCCAACCUUCUAACCAGUGCCCACCUCUGCCCCCACCACCUCCUCCUCCUCCUCUUCCAUUUGGAGUGUUUGGUGGACCCCCCCCACCACCACCACCUCCUCUUCCUCCUCCACUUGGAGGGUUUGGUGGACCCCCACCACCUCCCCCCUUGCCCGGAAUACCUGGUGGUCAAGGCAUGCCACCCCCACCACCUCCGCCACCUCUAUCAGGGAUGGGUGGUGGACCGCCGCCGCCACCUCCCUUACCUGGCAUGCCGGCUCCACCUCCUCCUCUCCCAGGCAUGAUGGGGGCUUUGAGCAGCCCGGCUCUCGGCUGCGCUGCGCCCUCAAAGUUGCACCGAUGCCCCACCCUGAGGAUGAAAAAGCUCAACUGGCAGAAACUCCGCGAUGUGACUGAUGGUCACUCCAUGUGGGCCUCGGUUCAGAGAGAGACGCCUUCCCGGGAGCCGGACUACAGCAGUAUCGAGCAGCUGUUCUGUCUCCCGGUGACCGAGCACAAAGACAAGGGGGCAGCUGCUCCUGUCAAGGAGGCUAAAGAGAUAACGUUCAUUGAGCCAAAGAAAAACAUGAAUUUGAACAUAUUCCUGAAGCAGUUCAGAUGCAAAAAUGAGGACUUUGUAGCCAUGAUUCAGAACGGGGACCGUACGAAGUUUGACGUCGAGGUGCUCAAGCAGCUCAUUAAGCUCCUACCAGAGAAGCACGAGAUCGAAAAUUUGAAGUCCUUCCAAGGAGAAAAAGACAAGUUGGCAAAUGUUGACCGCUUCUACACCUCCCUUCUCACUGUGCCAUCUUAUCAGUUGAGGAUUGACUGCAUGCUGCUGUGUGAGGAGACGUCAUCCGUGUUGGAUAUGCUCAGACCUCGAGUCACGCUGGUGGAGGAGGCCUGCCAGUCUCUCAGAACGAGCACGCUCAUGCCCAUUUUCUGCCGGCUCAUCCUCGACAUAGGGAAUUUCCUCAACUAUGGAAGUCACACGGGGAACGCCGAGGGGUUCAAGAUCAGCUCCCUGCUCAAGCUCACGGAGACCAAGGCCAACAAGAGCCGCAUCACGCUGCUUCAUCACAUCCUGGAGGAAGCAGGCACGAACCACCCAGAGCUGCUGGCGCUGCCGGAUGACAUAGAGAUCUGUGAGAAGGCAGCCGGAGUGAAUGUGGACUCCAUUCAGUCCGAAACCAGUGCCUUACUAAAACGACUGAUCGAGACGGCCAAGAAGGUCUCCAACUCUGUCGAAGAAUUGAAGGAGCAAUAUCAGAAACUUCUGGAGGAAAGGCUGGAGGCAUGUCUGGCUCUAAAUGAACGGCUCGCUGCAGUGGAGAAGCAGAAGUGUGAGCUGGCGGCCUACUUGUGUGAAGACGCCAAUCAGCUGUCGCUUGAGGAUCUCUUCGGAACCAUCAGGACUUUCCGGGGACUUUUCAUCAAAGCACUGAAGGAAAACAAAAACAGAAGAGAGCUGACAGCCAAGGCUGAGAAGAGGAAGAGGCAGCUGGCAGAGGAAGAGUCCAAGAGGCAGAAGGGAGAGAAUGGAAAGAUCAUCAAGAAGGCCUUUGUGCCGCCGGAUGAUGACUGCAUCAUCGACCACCUCUUGGCGGAUAUCAGGAAAGGCUUCAGCCUCCGAAAGACCAGGCCAAGGUGCGAUUUGGAAAGCCUCCCUUCUAGUGAAAAGCGUAGCGAUACCUGCCCAUCUGGAUCAAGUGUGAAGCCUGUAAACGAAAAAGCCGUCGAAGUGGCCGCCGUUUCCUCUCCCACCAGACCUCCGACCGAGGGUCGCCAGUCCAGCGCAGGAGGAGCGACCGGCUGCCUCAGCCCCUCAGAAGAGACUCCGCCGAGUGCGCUUCAAAACGGACACGGUGCGCUUCCCAAGGCACUCCCAAGAGAACCGGCCGCGACAACGCAGGCACGCCGAGAAGGACCUGCGUCGCUGCAGGAGGGGCCACGCCCACGCGAGCCGGUCGUAACGCCACCAGAUACGACUCCGCCUCCGACUGAAGCGGAACGUCAACCCUUCCUCCCAACAGAUGUCUUUUCAUUGGAUUCAACCGAGACGAGCGUCCUCGGCCCGACCUCCUUCUCGGACUCCGACCCCCUAGAAGCUGCGUUCGAUGGCGCUUCCAGCCCGGGCUCUGAGAAACUGAUCCCUGAUCAGCCGGCGGACAUGAGCGUUAAUGUUCACAUAAAGGAAAGUCUGUUACCGAAUGCAGACGAUGUGGCGCAGAGCAGUGAAAGCGCUGUGAUGCGAGGUGAAAAAGGUGAAAGCGGUCAUGAAGUGAGUCACUUGGCAGAGCGGGGUCGAGACGAGAGGGAACGCGUUGUUGUUAAAUCCCCCGUGACGACACUAGGUGGGGGCAUCGAGGGGUGCGAUGCCCCAGAUGGACUGGAAUCUGAUGAACUGCGCUCCGUGUCUGAAGCGGUGCCUCCAUCCCUUGAGCCCGAGCCAAAGACACGGAAGAGCAUCUUUAAACGAAACAAAAAGAAGAGUAACCAAGGUAACCUCUCCGUUCACUUGAAUAAAGAUCCUGUUUGGAAUACUAGUCGCUUGAUGUGUUAUAAAUGGAGAUUAGUUGUUUUUUUACUGUAUUUAACAGGUAAUAUUAUAUAUUUUAAGUAUUUGGCAUGACAACAUUUUAUUUACGAGUAUGGCUGCUGUGUGCACAUUUUGAUUUGCUGAUUUUAAUAUUGAGUGGAUUUGAUUCUCUGAACCGUUUGUUUGAAUGCUCUGUUCUCGUUCUGACUCUGAAACACAAGGUAACAGUGGGAAAGGACACACUAAACAUAAAACAGGCUGUGUGUUGCAGUGAGGUAGGUCCAAUCAGUGGGAUGGCAAACUGUAAGCAGGAACAUCGUCCUAACUCAAUCACCGUCGACGCUUUGUCCCAAGUAACACGUCAUCUGUUGGUCUAACCGAAUCCUGGAUUUCAUUUGUCUCUGUUGUCCAGCUUUUAACACUUGCUCUCUAAAACGUUUUCCAAUUCUGUUGUGCGGGCCAAAAUAUUAACACCCAAAAAGCGUGUCUUGCGGUGAAUUUAAUGUGGGUCAAACCUGGGAAAACUAACCCUAAAUGUACCCUUUAAUGAAUCCGUGGUUAAGUAUUUUCACUUUUCUGACCUCAAACAUGCAGCUUGAAGCAACAUGUGACAUCAUUGUGGACCGUUAUUUCAUAAAAGCAACCACUUUUGUGUCUUUUCAUCCAUAUUUUUUUGUCCAUUACCCAAAUCUGCAACUGGGACUGUUCAACCCACUAACGCAGUCUGAUGUGCUUCCUGUAAUCUGUGCUCUAAUCUGAUGUUAAUGAAAGCUGCUGUAUGUGAUGUAAAUCCAUUAAAAUGUUUUGUUUGUUUUCCACUAAGUUAAUAUUUUAAAGCUAGUCAUGCCUGCAAGCCGAUAGAUUUCACAAUGUGAAAUGCAAAAGGUAUUAUUCAUUAUUUUCGAUUUAUUAAUUUUAGUCUUUGUUCCCGUAGGUGUCUCCAGAAAAAAGAAAACGAGAGGAAAAAGAAAAUGUUAAUUUUGCAUGGGAGUCGAGAACGGAAAGGAUUCCCAUUUCUGAGCAUUGACUCUGAGCUUUGACUCUGAGCUUUGACUCCACGAGGACGCAGGAGUCUUCCUCCUGCAAUGAUCUGACCAAGAAGAGUAAACACAGCUAUGGCUGUCAAUAUGUAAAUCUGUUAUUGUGUAUAUGAGUGUUUUGGAUUCAGAACUGUUCCAAAAAAAGUUAAAUAUGCUUUAUAUGUUUUGUUUAACUGUUGUAAUAUGCAGUGAAUGUGUUUUUGCUAAAUGCUUUGUUUACCUUUCAGCACCGAGUGAAGGACGAUGCAGUGAUGUUGGUGCGAGAUAUUUAAUUAACUCAUGAAAACAAAAUGUCCUGUAGUUCUUUAGAUAACACGCUGAUGAAACUUAACAGGGAAAUGUAAGAAAAGCAUCAAACGGAUUGUUACUUUUAACGUUAAAUAUUUUAAUAAAAGUGUAUUUAGUGUU